ACCACGCUUUCAGAGGACGAGCUACUGAGUCUCGCUAAGCUCGUAUCCAGCGUGGAGGCCGCCUAUGGUAAGCCUGUGGACGUUGAGUGGGCGUACACGCAGCAGGGCGAGCUCAAGCUACAACAAGCUCGUCCUAUAACCCGUCCUAUAACCACGAAAUUCCCUCUAGAUCCGGCAAUGCUAACUAAACCAGGUGAGCCGAGGAGGUUGUACUUUGACUUUCACAUCGCCAGCGACGCGACUACAAUAUAUCCCUUCACACACAUGGAUCUGGACGCGUACUGGGAGGUGUGGACCAAAGCCACAGGUUUUGGGGAUAUCAGCCACCCUCCUGACGAUAGCGGUGACCACCCUUCUUUAACGAAGCAACCAGGCAGUAUAUCAAUGCAAGUGCAACGUCCCGCCUGGGACCUGUACGCCGCGUCCAUCCUGAAGGGGAAGGAGGCUACGAACCCCAAGUAUAAGGCGGAGAAGCUGCCUGAUGACGUCACGUUCGCGAAUGCGUGGUGGUUGUUCCGACGGAUGCCACUGUGGCAUAUGCUGCUAUUGACAACGGCUCGCGCGGAGAUAAAGGCUAUAGUCGCAAAGGGGCCUACUUCUCAGGGGGGUUUGAUCGAGUAUGAGAACGCAUUCGCUCGUGCGGCGUUCCCAGCGCUAGACCUGCAGUGUGCGGGAGCCUUUUUAACCCUCAGCGUGUUCAAGGAACUGGGCCGACAGAACAAAGAAGGCGAGACCCAGCAAAUAAGGGACGGAGCGGCGGCAAUGAUGCUCGGAUACAAAGGGGAUCCACUGAUGGAGAUGAACAUCGCGAUGUAUCAUCUAGCACAGUCUCAGCCCGUGGAACUCUGGACAGAGUACGAUGAUAAGCUCGAUGACCUAUCGGACCGUAUUCAGCGUAACGUGGAAGGCCGUGCCAGUACGGGUGACAAGCUUCCAGCUGCUUUCAUAACAGGUUGGAAGGAGUUUAUGGGUGACUUUGGGUAUGAUGGCACCGACCAACUGUUCAUGAGCUAUCCCCGCUAUCACGAGCAGCCCGUCCUGCUGUUGCAGAAGAUACGCCACAGCGCAGGCACCGAUGUGAAGGACCCGGAACAAGCGAUGCUACAGGCGCGCGACAGGCGCCAGACAGCACAGAAGGCUCAACUAGACGCAGCAAAGGCCAAUGCCAAAUGGUACAAGAGCACAGUGCAAGCAGUUCUCAAACGCAACGAGGCACUGGACGAGGUCAUGUGGAUCCGAAACUCGCCCAAGCUGUUCCAGUCCGAGAUACUGAGUGCCGUUCGUACUGGUGUGCUUGUGUGCGAAACUCAGCUACUAGAGGCCAAUCGGCUGGAUGAAGCAGGGUAUGUCUUCCACCUCAAGCUCUCCGAAGUGGACCAGGGUCUCUGCGGCCCGGAGCUGGACCUUCGGUAUCUCAUUGCGCCGAGAGAAGCACAGUAUCUUCGUGCUAAGUGUGCGGGUAUGACCCCCUUCUUGGUGGACUCUCGGUGCCGUAUACUAAAGCCCGAUGUCAAGGAACAGCAACCGGGUAUGCUAGUAGGCAUGGCCAUCGCCCCAGGGCAGGCUAAGGAUCCUCAAGAGUCCAAGUAG